AUGGACGCCGACGCGCCCACGGAGGCGCCGGACGAGCGCAAGCCAUUCUGCCUCGAGACUAGCGACGACGUGGCCAUGGAGAUGCUCGCCGACGUCAUCGACCACGUCGGCGUCAUCUCGCAAACAACGGCACUCACCGCCGCAGUUCUGCGCAGUGUGAGCCAGCGCCUUGUGCAAGAGGUGUUUGACAUCCAAGCCAUGAUCACCAUCGCCAGCUCGGCGAGCUUUGACGCGUGUGCUGACGUCCCCGUGUCCACGGUCGUCCACGCAGCGACAGAUACCGCGCCAUUGGUCCACGCCAUUCAGCGAACGCUCUCCUACUGCCAGCAAAACCCGACCAGUGUCCGGAAGAUUGUUGCCACCGUGAGCAUCGACGGCGACGGGCACGUCUGCGGCGACGUCGAGUUUGCCUCCGUGCUAGGGUCGCUCCCACUUUUCUUGUCCCCAGCCGAGGUGACCUUCAUGGCCGCGCACGCCCACGGCCAAUCGAUCACGGCGCCAGAACUGACCAAGGUGUGCGCAAAAGCACUCAAGGCCGCCGAGAAACAGGUCAAAAGCGCGGUGCGCACGAGCAGCUUUGUGCCAACUGUCGCUUUUGCGUGCCCAAUGGAACCGAAGAGCUACCCCAUGGACGUACACACGCCGCACGAGGUACCCGCGCGGCCGCAGCCGCCACCCGUGUCACCCGAUAACAACAAACAGUCGACAGUCCGCGGCACGUUUGUUGGUCGUGGCGGACGCAUCACGAUCGCAGCAGGGAUCGUCUCCAACAAGCUGAAUUUGGAGGACGUCGAGAUCAAGCUCGACGCGACGCGGGACGACCGCGCCUCUGACAGCACGACGUUUUCCAACAUCUUUUCGCUCGGCACGCCGCGGCAGCUGUCGCCCCGAGAGCUCGCCCGCCGACGGGACAUUCUCGCGUACCUCGAAGCCGUUGAAGCGACGCGCCAGCACGACGAGCUCGUGGCCAAACGCAAGAAGGAGCUCCUUGAACGACCGCACCACGACGGUGACGGCGGCCACAUCUCGGCGGCAGCCCCGCCAUUGCGCAAUUUGCCGCUGCAUUUGACAUUGGACCUUCCGUACAACAUUGCAACCCCAGAAGCCGCGCCGCCCGAGGUCCACCGGUCGCCGUCGAUCAAACCGUCGCCAAAGCACCGGCGUCCGUCGCAGGUGCCCACCGUCGCAGAGCCGUCGGUCGAGAAGCCAGCACCGGGCGAGCCUCUGCCGCUCUUUCACUUGCCACAGAUCGAAACGGGGCGGAUCGAAGUCGGCGUCAAGGUCGUGUACCCAGGAAAGAAAGUCAAGCACGGCAGCAAGCGAAUACCGAGUCGCAACUCGCGCCUGAAAGCCCACAACUACAACACAACCACGGACGGUAGCGCGCCAACCCUGCAAGAAGAGCCUUCCACACCCACCGAGUCGACAUCGUUGCCACCCUUGCCGCUUUCUCCCCUCAAGCCAUUGAAACCACUCGGGUCUCCGUCGCCGCCCGUGACUCUCCCGAUCGCCUCCACGAGUCCCAUCAAAGUCAACCAAGUGAGGAAACAAGCGGGCGCGCGUGUUCGCGGGAAGCCUCCGGCGCGCACCCGCUUCAAUUUUUCCGAGGCCAUCGCCCGCACGCUGCAGCUCUCCGAGUCCGACCUCGAAGCAACUUAACGUUCUCGCAACGUGUAUUCCUUUCC